AUUCCAAUCCCUCUCUCUUCUUUUUCUCUCUCUCUCUCUCUCUAAACAUAUCUUUCUCAUCUCAUCUCAUCUGAUCAGAUCAUUAUCAUCAAUCAAAGCCUCCUUUUUGUAUCAAUCGAAUCAGAGAGUCUCCGUUUUGGGAAAUGGACGUCUACAGCUCUGCCGAUCAUCAUCAUCAUAGUAAUAAUAGUAGUAAUUCCAUCCAAGUUAGUGAAGAAGAAGAGAUGAUGGAGUUGAGGAGAGGUCCGUGGACUGUUGAAGAAGACUACACCCUCAUGAAUUACAUCGCCAAAAAUGGUGAAGGCCGUUGGAACUCACUCGCUCGCUGUGCUGGUCUGAAACGAACAGGAAAGAGCUGUAGAUUAAGGUGGCUUAACUAUUUGCGCCCCGAUGUUCGACGUGGAAAUAUUACCCUUGAAGAACAACUUCUCAUUCUCGAACUUCAUUCUCGAUGGGGCAAUAGGUGGUCCAAAAUUGCACAACACUUACCCGGGAGGACUGAUAACGAAAUCAAGAAUUACUGGCGAACCCGGGUUCAGAAACACGCCAAACAGCUCAAAUGUGACGUAAAUAGCAAGCAAUUCAAGGACACGAUGCGCUAUCUUUGGAUGCCCCGUUUGGUCGAGAGAAUUCAGGCAGCCUCUUCCACAACACCCAUCGGCGCCAGCUCCACCAGUGCCAACACGGCCACAACCAACGCUAUCGGCCAAGUAAUCCCCCACAUGUCUGUUAAUAUUGGCGGAGGACUUAUCAACCCGAGUUUCACGCCGGACAAUUCCAGCACGGCAGCAUCUUCGGAUUCAUUUGUGACGCAGAUUUCACCGGCUUCUGACUUGACUCAUGAGUAUUACAAUUAUCCUGUUAAUAGUACCAUUAACCAGGAUUAUUAUCAAGUUAAUCAGAUCAGUAACCGGCCGGAUUCCCUAACCACCCCAUCUGGUUACUUCAACCCGGUGUUAGAUUUCCAAGCCAUGGAGGAGCAGAACAACUUGAACCAGUGGUUUGAUGCGGAGGACACAAAUGACAAUCUAUGGAAUGUUGAGAACAUUUGGUUUUUACAGCAGCAACUCAACAGCAUGUAAACAUGGACAGAAUUGGAGAGUAGAUACUAGUAGCUAGUACUAUCAAUUACCAAACAAAAGCAGGAUUUGUGAACUAGGGCGGACAGGCUUAAUUAAUUGUGGAUUACACGUAUAAUUACUUUUAUUAAUUUGCGCUUUUUUUUUUAUUGUUUUUAUUAAUUUUUGGGGGAGGUUAAAGUCGUAAUUUGGCAUUUUUGGUCUAAUUCUUUGAUGGAGACUUUCGUAAUACUGUUGUGUUUUUUUUUUUUGGAACUGUUGAUGACAUUAUUGGAG